UUUUUUCCUUUCUAUUUAACUGUUUUCCCUUCCAAAACCCUAACUUCUCUCUCCCAAAGAAUCGAAUUUCCCAAAAUCAUGAACCAGAGGUCUUCGAACCUACUCGAUGAAGCCCUAGGGCUAGAUCAGACCAUCGAGCCAUGGCCUCUAAGGGGUCGAGCAGUGGUUAUAGAAGACCGAGUCGAGACCAGCGGCUCAUUCGUUCUUCACCAUCUCCUUAAACGCUCUCUUUCUCCAAAUUCCUCCAAUGUUUCAAUUUUCAUCGCUUUUGCUCAGCCUUUUUCUCAUUACGAUCGUAUCCUUCGAAAACUGGGAUGCAACUUAGUAUUGCAAAGGGAUAACAGUAGAUUCUUUUUCUUUGACAUGCUUAUGCUGCAGUGUCCAGGUGGACAUGAAGGAAUAACUCCUGAAGGUGGACUUAUUGCAUUGUAUGGGAAAAUACAUAAAACCAUUUUAGCAUUGCCCGAGGUUAGCAGGAAAAAUGUUUCCAUUAUCAUAGAUGAUUUAUCUCUUAUGGAGGUGGCUGUAAAUGGCUCUUCAGAUUAUGUCUUGGACUUCUUGCACUACUGCCGCACUUUAACAUCAGAGUUUGAUUGUUCGCUAAUUACACUUAAUCAUGAGGAUAUAUAUUCCAGUGCAGAUAGGCCUACCUUUUUGUUACAGAUGGAGUACCUUGCGGACAUUUUGAUAAAGGCAGAGCCUUUGGCUACUGGUUUAGCAACUGAUGUGCACGGACAGUUAACGGUUUUGAGCAAGAGUAUGAAUUAUGGGCAAGAGAGCUCUAGGAACAAUACAAGUAAUUUCCACUUCAAGGUCAAGGAAAAUAUUGUUGAGUGUUUCUACCCUGGAAGCCGAGGUUAAUGAGACAGGAAACGAGUAAUCGACUGGAAAGUUGUCAUCUUUCUAUCAUUUUUGGAUCGGUAUUCCUAGAGAGAAAAAGAUUUAGAAAAAAUGAAAGCCAAGGUUGAUGCUACUACUGCCCUGCAAGGAUUGUGAAGCUGUAUUUUAGUUUUAUAUGGAAUUCUUUGUUGCAGCAAUGAUAACAAGAGAGUUUCAUGGUUGGGACAAUGGGAUAAUUCAGCCCUUUCAAGUUAAAGACACUGAUACCAAUCAAUAUUUAUCUGUUUAGUUUACAGAAAGAUGUUGGUUCUAAAUUAGAUAUUGCUUGUAUUUAUAAACUAUCCUCAUUUUAUUAGUUUUUUUUUUUGCCUAGUCCGGGAACCAUGUAUUAAUAUUGUUAAAUUGAAGAAGGAAAGGAGAAUUAACUCUUUAAAAAGAUUCUGCCAAUUUUCUAAGAGUAUCACAUAAAUAUUUCUAAACAUUUUUCCAAACAUGUGUUGAUUCGAGUUGCGCUAAUCUGUUUGAUAACA